AAGUCCUUCGCGGCGGUCGGCGAAGCCCGCCCAACGGCGGUGGCGCUGGGAACGCCGGAGCGCAGGGAGAAGUUUUGCUCUUUUGCUCGCAAGCAUUUGCUAGCGUGCGGGUGGCGACUGCAGCCGUUUGGCAGUGAGCGACGAGCAUGGCCUUCUGUGGAUCUUGCUUGCACAUCGCUUGUGUUUUGAUUCCAUUUUGUGCGUCAUUUCCUUUUGGAUAUGUUGACGACAAGGUCGUAGAAGUUGUCGGUGUCGCCGGACGAGAAGCAUCCCUCCCUUGCCAUCUAAGUCCAGCCAUGGGUACACCAAGGGACGAUGAACCUCUGUUGGUGCUCUGGUUCAGAGAAGGCUUCCCUACGCCACUCCUGAGUGCAGAUGCACGAAGGGGAAGAGGACUACCACGAGCACAGAUCUGGAAGGACGACGCCUGGGACGUCAGUUUCUCCUUCGAUCCUCCAGCGUUGCUACUGGGAGACGUGAGGCCCGAACACGCCGGCACCUACGUGUGUCGAGUGGACUUCCGGCAGGCGCAGACAGUCAACCGCAUGGUGCGCCUGGUCGUUGUGGUUCCGCCGUCUCAACCAGUCAUAAAAGAUCGGAUGGGGAAGACCUACAAUGGAACAGCAACUUUCGCCCGUGGGGACGUUGCAUAUCUACUCUGUGAGACGCGCGGGGGCCGACCACGACCUCAGCUCUCCUGGUGGCGGGACGAUGAUCUGCUGCACUCUUCGCCCACCGAAGAGACAUCUAGCGGUGAUAUAGUAGUUAGCCGCCUACGCAUUGGUCCUCUCACUAGGGCAGACCUUCUCACCAAAGUGACCUGCAAGGCCCAAAACAACAAUGUCUCGGAGCCGCUGUCAACAACGAUUCUCGUAGAUCUCAAUCUGGCACCGUCAAACGUCUUCAUCGUGGGCAGUACCGAGCCCCUGCUCGCCGGUCGUCCAGCCCACUUUUCUUGCGCCUCGACGGGUUCCCGGCCAAUGGCCGAAUUGAGCUGGUGGAAAGACAACGAGCGCCUCACAGCAUUCUCCUCCAAUGAUUCGGCGAGCACGGUAACCUUGGUGCUAACCAGCAACGACAAUGGAAGGCGACUAGCAUGCAGGGCCCACAACCCGCGUCUUACUCACGAUGCUAUCGAGGACGCCGUAACGCUUCGGGUUCAUUACCCUCCGGAGCUUCACGUCCAGCUCGGCAACCGCCUUCGCGAGGACGGCAUCGUGGAGCUGCAAGACGUGUACUUGGAAUGCGUGGUCUCUGCCAACCCUCCCGUCGUCGAAGUUGGAUGGCACUUCGAGGGACAGGACUUGCACACCAAUACCUCAGCAGGGCUCAUCGUCAGCAACCGAUCACUCGUUCUUCAAAAAGUGCAACGGGCAGCGCGGGGCGAGUAUUCCUGCACGGCUGCCAACAUCGUCGGGAGAGCCACGAGCAGGCCUUUUUUUCUGCGGAUCAAGUAUGCCCCGGUCUGCGUAGAAGGUCAACAAGAAGUCUACGGCGUGUCACGACACGAACCCGUACAAGUGACCUGCGAAGUGAGCGCUGACCCAGCAACAGUUGUGUUCGAGUGGAAAAUUAAUGGCUCGGCAGCCGAAGCUCCAUCCCACACGUCGGCAGGCGUGCGAUCUGUCGCCACGGUGUUUGCGGGGUCCGAAGCCGGCUACAGCGCUCUGGGUUGCUGGGCACGCAACUCUGUGGGGACCCAGACGCAGCCGUGCAUGUUUGUCCUGGUGCCCGCGAGGGUGCCGGACUCUCCAGCUGACUGCGUCGUUUCCAACCGGACGGAAGACUCUUUCUUCGUACGUUGCCGUGAACAGCAUCAUGGUGGACUACGACAACAGUUUGUGUUGGAGUUGUACGACAACGGAGGCGCUCCAUGCAGGGCGAACUUUAGUGGACCACUACCUGCUUUUCAUGUAACUGACCUACCAGCCGGAAGCUUCUUCAUGCUGAUUGUUUACGCAGCGAACGCCAAAGGCAGGAGCCCACCGGUGCUUCUGACUGCAAGCACAUUACCAGCUGUUGCAGAAAGCUUGCUGAUCCAGCGUACAGAAUCUGGUUGGCAGCUAAAGGUGAGCUUCAGUCCCGUGCUGGUUGUGCUCCUCACCGUCGUAUUGGGCUUUGCGCUGCUCGCUUUAGUUGUCGUCGUGUUCCUGAAGAUCUGGACGCCCAAUGUUUUCCACAAGAACUCGCCGAGCAAAAGAAGUGCGAGCGAAAGGAUGUGCGCUUCAACGCCAGAUGUGUUCGAUAGCGCUAUCUCCAGAGAUGAGGCAACUGAACUUGCGACGUUUGCUGUGGACAAAGGGGUAUGUUUGGCUACGUUAGACCAGGAGCAUUGUGUUGCGAGCACUCUGAUACCGCGGUGAGCAAGGCAUAAUCCAUGAGACCCCGUAUUCGGUGAUGCCCAAAGCUCAGGUGAAUCCCUGUAUCAGGGCAAACGGACCAAUACCAAGCUGACGGAAAAGCUCUAUCGCCGACAUCCAGAUUGUGUGAACACUCAGCAAGAUAUAUUGUGGAAGACGAGAUGUCGUGGAAACAUCGCAGGCUUCAGCAUAAUACACUGGUUUCCCACAUCUGUACGCUAAACUUUCCCAGGACGAACUGCACUGCCCAAUGUGGGGACACAAGGCAUUGCUACCCUUCUAUACAGGACCAUCAGCGGACAUAUCAGUCCGUGGCCAGAUCAAUGUGUCCAUCCUGUGAAGAAUUCUGCGAAACGAUGAUCUUCGGCUGACUCGACGCCAUCCAUGUCUCCAGCAUGCAGGGAAGGAUCUUGCGAACGUUAACUAGCGGCAAAGAGAACAGACGACAGCGUCCCGAUGGCCUUCUCAUAGGCGUGCCUUUAAAGUGGCGCACAUGCCCGUUAGCUGGUGCUGAAACUCGAUACAAAUAAAAAACGUUAAUGCGGAAA